CGGAAAAGAGGCCAAUUUGGCAGCUCUAUCACAGAGUCCAAGUCAAUGGAGAAUUUCAAAGAUUUAGAAGAUGGAGAGUUAUCAGAAAGCGACGAUGAUGAGAUCUACACACCGUUACAACGCCCACCUCCCUCCGGCACGGCAACGGGCGGCGGGAGGGUAUUGGAGACAGGUGCCAGGAUAUUAAGCCAACAAAUACAAACUCCCCUGGACGAUGAUUCACAAUCAAACAGCGAUUCCUCGUCGGGUGAAUCCUCUGAGGAGGCCUGCAUCAAGAAACUGCGCACCGAUGGCCAACAUAAUCGAAAAAGACGUAUAAAACGUACGGUAAUGAUGCGAGUGCCGUUUAACACCGCCGAAUCUGAAAUGCAGCCAAGCCGGACACGGUUUAAAAAGUAUAAUGUGUGGACAGCUGCUCUGCAGGAGGAAGCCCUUAGUGAAAAUAUGCGCGGGUGUGACGUUACGCGCAGCAGCAGUGAUCGCAAUGUAGAGAACUAUGACUUUUCGCUUAGAUAUCGACUUAAUGGAGAAAAUACGUUGAAGCGAAGGCUCUCGAAUUCCUCCGAGGACGAGGAGUCCUCGACUCAUCCAGCCAACAAGCGAGGGCGUCUGUCCACCCGCCCACCAGGAGAAUAUCCUCAUCGGGGAUCUGCAAAAAAUAGGAUCGGACACCGUUCGAGAAGAGGAACCUCCUCUACCAGUGGUGGAUCAUCGGAUGCCUCUUCUGAGCCCCGACACAUACUAGAUCUUAACGAAUUGGCAGGACGUGACUCCAUCGAUGUGGCCAAAGAAAUGGCCACCAAACUGUAUGAGGAAAAGGACGAACUUAUGGUACGCAUAGUUGAGCUUCUGGGCAUAGAUUUGUCACUGGAGUUGUACAGAGAAACACAGCGCAUCGAGGCUGACGGCGGCAUGAUGAUCAAGAAUGGCAAACGUAGACGUACACCAGGUGGUGUAUUCCUUUUCCUAUUAAAGCAUCAUGAUAAUAUUACGCCAGACCAACAAAAAUCCAUCUUUAAAGAGGACCGCCAGAGUUUGAACAAAUCUCGCAAACAGAUAGAAACACUUAUGCGUGAUCGCAAAGUUGAAGAGCUAAAAAUAUGUCUAAACAAACAGAGCACCGAUUUGCCUUCAUUGAACUCUCGGAAGGAACAUUAUAUGCAGGACGACGAGUUGAGCAGUAAGAGCCAACCGGGCAAUUUAUCGAAUCCACCGCCGUCGCCAGUAGGCCUAGAACAGGGUAGCAGUCCUGAGUAUAAGACCCAUGGAAUCAACAUUAAUCUCGUGGACCAUACGGAACUGCCAUCAACAUCCAAAGCCGCCACUGCUACAAAGGGGCAGCAUCUGGUUAGCUACGAUGAUGAUUUCCUAGAUGUUAACUGUGGCGAGAUGGACUUUUUUUAAGAAAAAAGUAUAGCGCUAAGCGUUACUUGGUAUAAUAGGUAUUGUGCGUUAGAUUUUUUCUACUGCAUAUCUUAUAGCUAGACCCAUAAUUGUACAAUUAAAUAAAUGCAUAGAAAAUAAGCACUUUAGAACUGGAGUUUGCGAUGCUAAAAAUCGAUCCAAAGCCAAUUAAAGCACUAGAUAAGGCUUUUCCUAACAAA